UACCUGGGUAAUUCAUAUGAUGCGACCUGCUUUUGUGUAAUCCCAAGUGUAAAUGAAUAGUGAUACAGUGAGCAUUUUGCUUACAAGACUUGCCCAUUUUUAUGAUAAUUACAACGACUUUCUGCUUUUCCUCCUUUACGUCCAGCAUCAGUACUUUUUAACUUAGUAGUAAAUUCUAUAGCCUUCACACCCAGUCCAUUCACUUUCCACUUCAAAAAGAAAAAGUAAUGCAAACGAGGAUACCGUUCUUUUUUGUCGCCAUUCUCGGCUUCUUUGUUUCCUGCAUUUUCGCUCAACUCGGCACCCAAAUCAAUUAUCCUGCAUUCAAUGACACCAUUCAACCUGGUCAGAAAAUUGAUAUCGCUUACGGCUAUCAAAACAUGGGUAAUGGAUCGUACAGUGUCGUCAUUGAUCUUUGGCAAGAUAACACUUUGACUACGCUUGCCAAAAAUAUUGCUCAAGACGUUGAUGUGCCACCUGGUAACUCUACCGGUACACAUCUUCAAUUCUAUUUGAAUGCAACCUAUAGCUGGUCAGUUCCUCAUGGGUUAAAUAAAACUGUAUACCUGACAGUAACAACAAAGCCAAAGUUGUCUUACUCCAAGGAAGAAUUAAGUAUGCGCUCAAGAGCCGUUCUGCUUCAUGUGAAUGCAGGUAUUCGCCAGCUGCCAGCCAUUCAACCAUUGGUUUUACUUGGAUUAGCCAUAAUAGCCUUUUCUAUGGUUUAUUGAAUAUUUUAAUAAUGAUGAUAAAACGCUUUUCUAGUAGUAUCUAACUAAUAGUAUAAUAAUAAACUACUACAUAUACUGCUAUUGCAGCUAGUUGUUGAAGCUUUAUCGUAUAUUCAUAAGUGAAAUCAAAAUUCAAAUAACGCACAUUCAAUUUCCAGGAACCUUAAAUUGAAUUG